CCUUUAUUGUUCUCGGACUUUGUGCUGCGCAAGCCUUUGCAACGCAGAAGUGCGAGUGUGACAACGAAGCUGUCUCGCGCGCAGGCAAAGGUGCCUACUACGAUGUCGCCUUCGGCGUCGAGACUUCGCUGAACCUGAUCUCCGACUUUGCGAUGAUCGGCACUAUGGAAAACAACGCGGACAUGCUUACAACGAUGGAGGGCUUCCUUACGUGGAACAUAGCGUCGACCUUGUUCUGCUACGUGGGACACAUAGCUGCAUCCGUGUUCGCGUCGAAAUACGAACGCAUUGAAAAGCUCGACCCGGGUACCGAUGAAGAUUCUUAUCGCACAUCGACGCUUAUCAAUGGCGUCAUUAUGUACACAGUGAUUGCGAUAAUAAAGUCGUACGUGCUGUACGGCAUCUACACCUUCUACGCGGAGUGCAAACGAACCGGCAUCAUGCCCACAGACAUGCAGGGGGCCGUGUUCCUCAACGCUCCCGGAGGAGGCACAGCGGGAGGACAGGAGCCCGUCGUCAUCAUAAUCAGGCAAUCGUCAGCUACGGCGGUGGACCCCGUUACCGGUGGGAGGUCGUUGACCACUGUUAGGGAGGUCAUCCAGGUCCCCGGUUCGCGUGCACCGUUGUCCGGGACUUCGGCGGCGCCGACGAAAGGUGCAGAGGCGGCACAACUUCCGACCGAAGGGAAGAAGGGACCGUGCGAAGAAAAACCGCUGAAGGCGUCGUCCGAAGAUACCAUAUGCGGAGGUACCCGUAGCCAGUCGCAUCACUCCUUCGAAGUUCCGGAAGUGGUGUUUCCCGCAGUCCGUCCACAGGACGGAGCAGUUCCCGGCCCCAGUAAGCCACGGCGCGGUGGCCCUCAAUAGGAUCCUUCGCGGCCGCGCAGUGACCGCGCCAUUCGAAUCUAGGAAUGACUGCACCCUCGCCAAGCGAAUGCGAUGGCAACUGAACUUCAUUACAGCGAUUACUUUUUUUUCUUCCUGCACACAAUUAGAAGCAAUAAACUGUUCUGUCGAUUU